AUGGAGAAUCCCAGCAAAACGCCAGAAAUGACGGAUACACAAGGAGAGGCACCGCUGUACACACAGUCAACUUCAACCGAGGAGCCCCCGCUUCCUGGUGUUGCAACCCCGCUGCCGAUCAAAACCCACGACAUAGAGAAGCAGACUUUGGCUGUAGAGCCCUUCCGACCCAUACUCGAGGUCUUGAAGCAAAUCGAAGAAGAAGAUACCGAGCUUGCAUUUCGGACUGCACGUCUGGUGGGGUACAUUCGCUGUUUGUGGGAGUCUUGCGUUUCCAAACAUACAGAUAUCCAGCAGCUCGAAGAGGAGAACGAAAAACUGCGGACCGGAAAUAUCCAGCUAUGCAACGAGGGAAACCACUUGAAGCGCAGCCAAGACGAGCAAGUAGCUCGCUUGCAUGCUAUUGAUGAUGCGUUGGAUGAAGUUCGGGGAAGGCUUAUCGGUGUGCUCAAAGUUUGGAACGAACUGUCUGUCGGCGACUUGGCUAUUUUGCCGGAAGAUGGGUUUCCUCAAUCUUAG